AUGCAGCGUGCUUACGUGCUCCUGGUGUACGCGCUGUUGCAAGUGUUCCAAGCUUCGGAUGCAUCAGGGAGCCAAUGUGAGCAACACGGCACUAUCAGUGAAUGUCUUGCUUUUCGCCUUCAACACGGAUGCGUUUGGGAUGUUCCGCACGGGCAGUGCGUCCCCGAAAUUCCAUGCCCAGAGCGACCACGAGAGGCAUGCCACACGGAGCUCACCACGGGCCCCGCUGCUGGAUGGGACGACACCAGAAAUAAAUGUUUUUGGGAUGGCCUUGGCCAGUGCAGGUGGGCCGAUGAGUGCUACACGCCAACUGAUGCAAGAGGCUGCAUGGCUGCUGGAUGCGUCUGGCGCAAGCUUUGCACUCCUGCGGACAUGUCCCUGAAGCCCGGACCUGGCUAUUGCUUUGAAUCCUGUUCACCCCCAAAGUUUGAUCUGUCACAGGGAACUGAGACGCACUCACAGUCCAGCGCAGAGCCAGCCUCAAAGAAGAGCCCUGGGAGGAUGAACUCAAGGGCAAAGAGGGCAAACACAGGAAUCGUGCAUACUACCUCGGGUCCAGUGCAGGGCCUGGAUGGUAUGGGAGUUCAGGCAUUUCUGGGCAUCCCCUUCGCCCAACCCCCAGUGGGGGCACUCCGCUGGGCAGCACCCCAAAAGAUGGCUCCAUGGAGUGAAGUCUUUCAGGCCACGGCUUUUGGCCCAGCUUGCACACAAUCAUUUGCAUACUACGCAGCGAAUCCUAGGAACUGCAAAGGCUACACACGUGGGCAGUGCUAUGGCUACACCGAGGAUUGCCUGACUUUGAACGUGUGGACGCCGAGCACGACAGGGUCCAGACCUGUCAUGCUGUGGAUCCACGGUGGCUGUUACGUUAGCGGGUCUGCCUCUGAUUCCGAGUAUAACGGAUCUGCUCUGGCCACACAGGAGGACGUCGUGGUGGUCUCUAUCCAGUACCGCCUUGGCGUCUUCGGCUUCCUCGGAGAUGCCAUCUUGCGGUCACGAGAUCCCAAGGGUUCCACAGGCAAUUAUGGUCUGCUGGACACGGUGGCAGCCCUGCAGUGGGUGCAUGAGAACAUAGCCGCCUUUGGCGGUAAUCCUAAUCUGGUCACGAUCUUUGGGGAGUCUUCUGGUGCUGGUUCCGUGAGCCUGCUGCUGGGUAUGAAGGAGGCAUGGCCCUACUAUCAGCGGGGUAUCAUGGAGAGUGGCGCAGGAUCCUUUUGGACGUACAUCACCCUCAGCGGAGCACACGCCAACUUCCAGAAGGUGGUCUCCACAUCGAAGUGUUCCAACUCCUCCAGCCUUCUCUCUUGCAUAGUUUCGACGUCUCAGACCAUCGUGGCAGAAGCAGUGGAUGCUGUUCCCUGCAAAGAUGGUUGCACCUGGGCGCCCGUUGUAGAUGGCGUCUUGGUCCGCGGCACACCUCUGGAACUGGCCCAGUCCGGCAGCCUACGGCCUGAUGCUUUGCUCCGCAGCAUUGAGACGCCGAUUAUGGCAGGCUUCAAUCUGAACGAUGGUGCCAUGUUUGUACCAGGUUACCCCUUUGCUAUGCUGUCUAUGUCAGAAUCAUCCAUGCAGGCAUAUUACUCUGACCUAUAUGGAGAGGAGCGUGUUGAAACGCUGGAGGGCUUAUUUCAACCCGAAACGUCCAGCAAGGCAUUGUGGAUGUCGAAGUAUUUUCAUGCGGCACAGGCCUGCGAAACAGAUUUUAGCUACUCCUGCACCGCGCAGUGGGUAGCAAGUGCGUCGGAGCUGCAUGGAUCUCCUGCGUUUUUGUACAAAUUCUCAGAAACCAGCGACAUGGGAUUAGUCCUCCAUGGCGAUGAAAUCCCGUUCGUCUUCGGGACUCUGGAUUCGGCCUCCGGGCCGCAAGCUCAGGUUUCAAGGUGGAUGAUGCAGUACUGGGCGAACUUUGCCAGAUUUGGGAAUCCCAACGGUCCAAGCCGCAAGAGAAAUACACAGCAUGAUAGCCAUGAUAGUCAUGAAGGGGCGAAGGGGAGUGAUCAUCUGGAGCACAGUGAGGAUUUGCCUCCUUGGCCAGCAUGGACCUCCCAGGGAUAUGGUAACAGUUUGCUGAACAUCAGCAGCAACCCAGUCGUUGUUUCAUUUCCCAACAACUCAUGGCCCGGUUGCUCCUUCUUCCUGGAGCACUGGGAUUUCUAUUCCCUUUGCUUGCCGCAGAGCCGUGCCAGCACUAGCGGGAAGUCGAUAGUCGUUUGA